AUGACCACCAUGCAAGCGAGGGUGCGCACUAUCAACCACGCCGCGAUCUCGAUCCACAGCGUCGUGCUCGCGAGUGCGUGGCUCCUCGUCCGCGAACCGGGGGGCAAAAUCCCACGCGCCAUUGCACAAUUGCGCACAUGGGCUGCCGUCCUGGCUGAACGACUCGACAAGAUUCGUCCUCAGGAUACAGAGUCGACGGACCCGGAGGUGCUGCAACACCACGCCGAGAUGAUGCUCAGGUGUUCACAACUUAAGAUCAAGGUUGGGCACAUCAGGACGCUUGCGAGGAGUUUGGGCGGAUUCAAGGACGACGUCGAGGCUAUUCUGGAUGCGCUGGAGAUUAUUAACCAGGCGAUGAUGACGGAGGACAGCAGUGGUGGUGUCAAGAGUGAGGAGGGCGCGGGGAGGUGA